UCACCCUAUACACAUGUUAGGAAUAUACAUUAUUUAACACGGUAAGGUUAUGAUUAUAACACUACUGCCGCGCAUUUGUUGUGGCAAAUGUUACGUGCACCGGUGCAGCCUAGAUAUGGCGAAAUCUCUGUCAUCGUUGAUGAUUAAUACGACUAUAACGUCACACAUAACAGUCGCAUUGUGUCAGAAAAUAUAUCACAGUGCUUACAAUAACCGCCCCUGGGAUCUAAUCUAAACGUACAUAAGGCUUAUAUGACCGAGACGCAUCAUAACUUAAAAAUAUAGAAUAUAUCAACAUGCAUGAAUUCCGUCUGUCUUGCCCCGAAAACACGGGACAAUGAGGGUAAACACAAACAAGAAACAACCUGUCUCCAUUUGGAUAAGAAAUCAUCCAUGACGAUUUCAGUCGACUGCACAAGUGUUGAAUUGACUGGUGGUUACGCAGUAGCAUCUUGCCGAGGCGGGGGCGGGAGAGGAGAUAGCAGCCGACUGACGAGGAGGGGCAGCCGAGAAAGUGGGAGGGACAGUUUCUGGAGGAGUGGAAGUGUGGAGACUUCUCGUUGGAGAACAACUCCUGCUCGCAAGAUUGUAAACAGUGUCUCUAUAUUUGUAGCAGCGCUGUUUUUUUCUCUGACUGGACGCUGUACACAUAUGUGAAUCAGUACAUGUUGUGAGCCAAAGAGCAACCAUUCAACGCGGACUUUGUCGUUUGUGAAGGACAGCAAUGACAUCUGAAAACGGUCCGUGGGUCGACCAUCUGCCAAAGGAAAUAAAUGUCACAAUCCCCCUAACAUCUGAAGAUGAAGAAAAUGGCAACAAAAUCAACCAUUUGCCUCGAACGAGGAAGAUCCUAUACGGCAUUGACGAUACACCAGGGACGUGCCUGUUGCCUUUGUUUGCCCUUCAGCAACUGAUGACGAGUAUUGGUGCAGUGAUAUCAAUCCCUCUGCUCACUUGCACAGUCAUUUGUGCAGAUGACCUUCCAGAGGUAAAGGCUGGAGUAAUAAGCAUCUCGUUCUUUGUGUGCGGGAUAGGGACGAUUCUCCAGAACAUCUUCGGAGUCAGAUUACCCAUUAUCCAAGGAGCGUCUCCAAAUUUCCUGGCAGCAAUUAUCUCGAUGAUGGCGGCAGACAGGUGGAAGUGUUCAACCGAAAUUCCUGUAUCUCACACGGUCAAUGGGACAACUGAUCUGCCAUGGGUAGUGCGAGUGAGAGAGAUCCAAGGUAACCUAAUGCUGGCAUCUCUGACACAGAUUGUGUUGGGGGCAACUGGUGUUGUGGGCUUGUUGCUGAGAUUCAUUGGGCCUCUGACCAUCGCCCCAACUAUUGCACUGGUUGGUGUGUCUCUCGCCCCGCUAGCUGGUUCGCUAUGCCAGGACCAAUGGGGAGUCAGUAUUGGAACAAUGCUUCUGGUAGUGUGCUUCGCGUUGUUCCUUGGGGAAUACCAAAUUGCAGUUCCCGUGUAUACAAGACAGGAACGGUGCCAUAUUAACCGUUAUCCCAUGUUUCAGCUUAUACCUGUAAGUAAAUAGAUGACCUUUCAGGAU